GUGGGUUCAAAAUGUCACGGAGGCGUAGCCUCGCCUUUGCCGUCCCGAAGUACAGCAGCGGUUUGGCCAGCGAGGGAGCCCUUUUGAACAGCGUGAGAGGUUUUUGGAGAGCAGACUGAGGAGGAGGAGGAGGGCAAAGCAAUCCUUGCCUCUUCAACUUCGCUCUGUGGGGGGAAAAAAUGGCGGCCGAGGAGGCCCCGCUGCCGUUGUUACAGUUACCGCCGUCGCCCCCCAACGACGAGAGACUUCGGGAAAGCAGGGAGGAUGAAGAAGAUAAGGAGGCCGCGGAAGAGCUAAAUGGGAUGGAUGUCCCCAAAGAACCUGAUAGCCCUGGGCAAGAUACAGAAAUCAUUAAUGAAGAUAUAAAUGCCAAAAUGAAAAAAUCAGAGCAAAAUUCCAUUGAAGAUCUUAACAGUAAUCUCCUAGAUGCAUCAUCUAAAAUGCCACAAGAGAAACAUAUUUCAAUUCAGCGGACCCUUGAUGAUUUAGAAAAACUGACUGAUUUGCAGGAAGGCUGCCAAAUUUCCUCCGAUUCCAAGAGUGAAGACCAACAACUAGCAGCUGACAAGAGGUCCUGCCCAUUAUGUCCUGAAGAGAGGUUCAAAGCUUGCAAUAGUCACAAGCUCCGUCGCCACCUUCAGAAUCUUCAUUGGAAAGUAUCUGUUGAAUUUGAAGGCUACAAAAUGUGCAUCUGUGACUUGCCAUGCCGGCCUGUGAAACCAAAUGUUGUAGGAGACCAGAUAUCCAUAAAAAUGGGAUCGCAUUAUCACUGUAUUAUCUGUUCAGCAACGAUCAGCCGAAGAAGUGACAUGGUAGGACAUAUUAAACGACAUGUAAAUAAAGGAGAAACUGAAUCAAGAUUUACUUCAACCCUUGUUCCUAAAUAUGAAGUACUGAAGGAAGCGGACACAGAUGUACAAGUCCUUCCUAACUAUUCGACACCUCAGAAAACCGAUUCCUAUUUUAACCCCAAAAUGAAACUUAACAGACAACUUAUAGUCUGUGCUUUAACAGUUCUAACUGAGGAAAGGAAACCUUUGGAAUGUCUGGAUGCAUUUGGAGCCACUGGUAUAAUGGGAUUACAGUGGGCAAAGCAUCUCGGAAAUUCAGUAAAAGUCACAAUUAAUGAUUAUAAUGAAAAUUCAGUGACCAUGAUACAAGAAAAUUGUCAUUUAAAUAAGAUGAAAGUUGUGAUGAAUUUUGAGGAAGAUGACUGUGAUGAAGCAAUUGAAGAAGGGGAAGAAAACUUGCCUACCAUUGAGGUGACAAAAAUGGAUGCCAAUGUCAUCAUGCAUUUGAGAGCAUUUGAUUUUAUCCACCUGGACCCAUUUGGAUCAUCAGUAAACUACUUGGAUGCAGCUUUCAGAAAUAUAAGAAAUCUUGGAAUUGUUUCAGUGACAUCAACAGAUACAAGUUCUCUCUAUUCAAAGGCGCAGCAUGUGACCCAACGUCAUUAUGGUUGCAACAUUAUCAGGACCGAAUACUAUAAGGAGCUGGCUGCUAGGAUGGUACUUGCUGCUGUGGCAAGAGCUGCUGCUAGAUGCAACAAAGGCAUUGAAGUUUUGUUUGCUGUGGCUCUUGAACAUUUUGUACUAGUACAAGUGAGAGUGUUGAGAGGUCCUUCUUCUGCAGAUGAUACUGUCAAGAAAAUUCGAUAUCUGAUUCACUGUCAAUGGUGUGAAGAGAGGAUAUUCAAAAGAGAGGGCAACAUGAUAGAAGACAAUCCUUACUGGCAGCUUCCAUGUGACUGCCAUAACCAAAUGACUGGGAAGACAGCAGUUGAACUGGGACCGUUGUGGUCAGGAUCCAUCUUCAAUACAGGUUUUCUUAGAAGAAUGCUGUUUGAAUCAGUUCAGUACGGCUUAGAAGAUAUCCAGGCACUUCUAAAAACACUGAUCUGUGAGGCAGAAUGCACAACACUGAAACAGUUUUCAAUUCAUGCUCCUAGCAGUCAGAGUAAACAAGAAGAAUGUGGUGUAUUUAUUAAGACAUCAGAUGCUGCAGCUGAUUACUACAUCGUGCAUGAGAAAAGGAAAAGUGUUGACAUCAACCAAAAUGGAGCAAAGCGCCAGAAGUUAGAAAGUAAUGCAGAGCAUCCUGCUUUUUAUUAUAAUGUCCACAGGCACAGCAUUAAAGGAAUGAACAUGCCAAAGUUAAAUAAGUUCUUGCACUCUCUGUUUGAAGCUGGAUAUCGUGUAAGCCGAACUCAUUUUGACCCUAUGGGUGUCCGCACCAAUGCCCCCUUGAUGCAGUUUAAAUCUAUCCUUGUAAAGUACAGCCUUCCUACAUAUACAGGAGGACAAGGAGAUGGCUCUUUGCAGGCAAUUGAGGAUGUCCAAGCAGGAACCGAAGGUGACUUUGCAGAAGAGAGCAUUUGAAAGGGUCCUUCUGGGACCUGCUGUCUUUUAUUGAAGAUUUACGUUGAGAACACCUACUGAGCCCACGUCUCAACUUUUGUGGCUGUUCGACUAUUUUAACAUUUCAAAUUUUUCAGGAAAAAAUAGUGAUGACGAAUCACAAAUGUACAGUUAAUUUCACAGCUCAGCAGGAAACUUUUUCAUGUAAUGCUUGCAUUUAAACUUGGUAAAUGCCGUUUUUCCUGACUUGUAAUUCUUUGUUCAGGUGUAUAUUUUUAAGAUAAUGUGGAAUUGAAAGACGUUAAGCAUGUGUGUAAGCACAGCUAGUACCUACCAAUAAAGUGUUUUCGUUUGUUUUGAUUCUCAA